AUGUCCACACUGACUCAGAUCAGCGUCUUCCCUGCCUCCUCGGCCAGCGCCUCCCGCCUUUCCCAGCUUUUGCAGGACAGGCAUCCCGACAUCCGCGUGCGCCUUGCCGCCCGCUCGCCUGCCAAGCUCCAAGCCAGCGGCUCCAACGUCUCCAUUGCACAGUCCUCGCUCAACGUCUCCGAUCUUGCUUCCAUCAAGGACGCUCUUGACGGGAGUGACGCUGCGUACAUCAUGAACCCCCCUUUUUACGGCGAGGAAGAUCCCGAUACCCUCUCCAAAACGUUCAUCGACAACAUCGUGGCGGCCGCAAAUGCCAGCUCCACGCUCAAGAAAAUCGUCUUCCUCUCGUCCAUCGGUGCAGAAAAGGCCUCGGGCACAGGCCCCAUCAACAAUGUCCGCAUCGCAGAGACCGGCCUUCUCGCCGACCUCCGUGACGGCGUAGAAGCCAUUGCUCUCCGCCCACCUUACUUCUUCUCCAACUUCAACUCGGUGCUUCCGCUCGCCAUCAACCCUCCCCAUAUCCUUCCCUCCAUGCUUCUCCCAUUCGACAAGCCUUACGCACUCAUCGACUCCACCGCUAUCGCAGAAAAGGCGCUCAAGUAUCUCAUCGCCCCGCCCUCGUCCGCAGCUGAUGCCGCUAGCAAGGGCCACAUCACCGCCGUUCAGCUCGUCACUGCCCCCAAGACCGUGCCUGAGAUUGCACAGAUCGUCGCCGAGAUCACAGGUACGCCUGUCAACGCCGUUCCUGUCCCCGAAGAUCAGUGGCUUCCCACAUUCCAGAAUGCAGGCAUGUCGGACAAGCUAGCCGCAGCCUUCUACGACCUCACAAAGGCAAGUAACACCGGCCACGUCAGCUACCUCGACCAGCCCCGUAUCGACGCCGAGGCACAGCGCGGCGUCGCCGUGAUCACCGAGCACACCGACGUCGACACCAAGGCAGCCCUGCAGCGCCUCAUCGAGGAAGUCAAGAGCGCGUGA